GAUCACUGAUCUACGCCACCGAGAUCCAGGAACGAAGGCGCUGUUGUAAUAAACUCGAACGUGUUUUCUGCUUCCGACAAUCAGUAUGCUCGAGCCUGUCGGAUAAGUUGGUUGCUUCCCACUCGUACGGUCGACAGCUUGACAGUUCUUCACAGUUCCUCGAUUCGGUCUCGAACAAAUCGCGCCAAAUCGUCGUUUCACCUGUAUCGUUCGGGACUGCCCACUUAAGACAGUGCCUUGGCCGGUCUCACGAACAGCAGCAAUUGUCAGACACCGUGUUCUUCGCAGAAAUGAGAAUUCCCUCGAUCCGAAACGCAACAUCGGCGCGUCCCGAGAAAUUUUCAAAAUUACCCCGCAACGAUUCAUGUUCGCAGAAACGUUCUUAGCCCGGUGGUCGCGGGCAUGUGCGUGGCGUUCGCGCUGAAAAAACGAAGACAAGAGGAAACAAAAGUUGAAAGUCACGAGCGGGACCGACCGACCGACCGACCGAGAGGUUUCGAGACUCGGCGAAAAGACGAGUAGGGGAGACAAAAGCGAGGAAGGGUUACCGUGGCGAGGGGCCCCGGGGGGUCGAAGGGGGUCCAAAGGGGUCCAAACUUCGAUAUUCUCUCAGCGGCGGUCCUGCGGAUCUCCUCUCCUCAAGAAAAAAACUCACCGGACUGGUUUUAAAGAGGGCCAGGUCGAGAGAGAGAGGAUGCGGGACAUUUAACGACUUGAUCUUGGCGGUGUCUAGAAAUCUGUGAGGUCGGAUGAGAGCGGCGCGCAAGAAAUCAUUAAGAGGACGGAUCGCUUGCGCGGGGUACCUGUGCACGGCUCAUCCACGGCCGGUUGAUACAAUUAGCGGCUGGACGCUCGUCCCAUGACAGUGAACUGCCGGAGAAGGAGAAAGUGCAAGUAUGCGGUCCUCGUUAUCGCAGCGUAUUUAGCGAUUGUGUCAUCGCUAACGGGCCGAGGAGACGCGAACACGCGGCUCUCCGACGGGCACGCCAGUUGAUAAGAGCUCGACGAGCGAUAGCAUGGACUCCGUCGACCUAAUCGGACCUUCGAUGUCAACUCCAUGACUCGUUUCUAAGCUCGGUGACCCGUAUAUAGUCUCAGAGAAGAGGAUCUUCGUCGUUUCGGUACUUUUACACAUUCGAUUAUCAUCAUGUCCCUGCCGGAUGUGAUGUAAAGACUCGGCUACCGUGUCAGCUGCGUUGUCGGUCACGAUUUUCGUGCAACACCAUCCAGCGAGAUCUGUAAAACGGAGCACCGUGAGACGUUCGUACCGAUCAAGAUGACUUCCGUGCUACCGGAAGAGGAGAGCAGAGCCGUCAAGCUGAAGCAGAAACUGAUGAACGACGUCCGCGGGAAGGAGGAGGCGCGCUCAUUUCUCAGCUUCUCCAGGGAGAACCUCAGCAUCUCGCAGUCAGAGCUCGAGCAGGGCUUCAACAAGCAAUGGUUCCGGCCUCGCAGGCACACUCUUCUGAGUGUCCUCGCGAUCGCAAUCGCCGUUCUCUGCCUGGGCCUGGAAACGUGGAAGCUCCGCUGCUCCCUGACGAAUGCGAGGCAGAUCGAGGAGCUGAAGCGGGACGUGGAGACCUUGAAGCACCGGUUCCUCGAGCAGGAUCUCCUGGACGAGCUGAAAGCGUUCGAGGAGCAGCUGUAUGCCGGCGAGCCGAGCGACGAGGACGACGACGACGACGACGAGGACGAUGAUUCUGGAGAAGCGGACAUCGGCAACGCCGACUACGAUAUCGCGUACGAUGUCGACGACGAUGAUGCCGGUUCAACCUCGACGGAACGUCAUGCGUUUUCUUCUCCCAGCAACGAGGCCGGUUCGUUCUUCCUGUUACCGCCGCCGAAAUUUGCAGCCAGACCCUCCGAAUUCCCGGAUUAUCCGUCGACGAUCGCGCCAGUGCCGUCUCCUACGCAGCCUCCGAGCGCUGAUAAGGCGAUGAUGAAGUUGCUGACAGCGGUCCGCAAGGCUGAGGCUAAGCAUGGCCAGGAUUCGACGGCGAGUACCCGAGAUGGUGGUCACAGGAAUCCGGAAAAGGGUCAUAGCUUGGAAGAGCAGGACGGGAAGAAGUCUUCUGAACAGAAAGGGGAACAACCAAAAAUUAGUACCAAACAAAAAAGAGACGUUCCAGGUAGCAAAGAGGCGAUACCCCGGAAGAAAUUGGGCCGGAAGAGAUACAUCAGGGCCAGGCAUUCGAGCAAAAGACAUUAUGCUCAUUCUGCAAUGGGGAAUCAACAGGAUCCAAAUGCACAGAGUCUUGUCGAGACGCAGUCGACAGAGCCCGCGCAGAGUCUGGAGAUGUCCGGACAUGCCCUCGCUGCUCACUACAGCGCCGAUAGCCGAUUGCCAGGUGUUAGCGAUUGCCGGCACAGAUGCAGGAAUUGCAAUUUGACGGCGGUCGGACAAUGUCACAGGGACAGGAUAUUCACCGCGUGGCGAGCCACCGGUUGGAUGCACGGGGCGCUGAUGCAACACUUCCAUAUGCAGAACGACGGCAGCCUCAUAAUACACAACAACGGGCUGUACUUGGUCUACGCGCAGAUCCAUUACGUGGAUACGGUCCACGCGGCUGGGUUCAGGCUGGAGGUGAACGAUCGCGUAAUCUUACAGUGCUCGGUGGCCAGAACCGGUACGAAGAUAGAUCAAUCCUGCUUCUCGGCCCAGGUGACAUUGCUCAGGAAGAACGAUUCUUUGACCCUUAAAGAGAUCGAAGAAUCCCCGCGGGGCGCCAUACUCGAGGACAUAGACAGUUUCUUCGGUGUGGUCAAGUUAGGGGAUAUCCCAUGACCGACGUGACAUUGAGCGACGUUUCUCUAUUUUACCGCGGUAUAAUUUUACAAUGUGUUCUUGAUUUUCCACGAUCCAAAGAGUGCGCGAGAGUGAGAGCGAGAAGAACUGAUCUUAUAAUCGUCGUCGUAAGCCGCAAGUAAGCUAUCGCGUUGCAGAAACGGGAUUCGGUGUGUCACGGCAAACCCGCCGGCAAAUCGAUGCCUUCUCACGGUACAACCUCGCCCGACGACUGUUUAUCGGGAUGAGAUCGCCGGGCGAGUGCAUCAGGUCGACGAUGAAGUUCGGCUUGAGCAGCUUCGACGGGAACGCCGUUUGACGAUGAUCCACGGGCACCGGGCUAUGUUUGUACGCCGACUUCUGUACUUGCAACUUUAGAAAUUCCGGACUCGACGGGUUUCCCGCUAUGUAGGGCUGGAACGACGUCUCCUCGGCUGGGUCCUUUGUCUACAAAGUUGUUUCUUUUGUUAGUCUUUUUUUUUUACAUUGCAUCGAAUGCAGACUGUUUUAUUUGAACAUCUGUGGCGAAAGACAUUUUCAAAUAGAGCAUUCUGUAUCACAAAGAAAUUCAGGUAUUACUUCGGGCACAGCUAUUUCGAUCCAAGCCUUCCCGUACUCUCCCCGUACCAAAGCAGCGGGUAGAUGCACCCUAUCCGCGAUAACUUUAAACAGCAAGGCCCUCUCGAGGUACGAACCGAUGCGCAAAGAGCCUAACGGUAUCACACUAGUCUCUAUGGCGACUUUGAUCUCCUUCAAAUGGAUUUCCAGCUGAUGAUCGAUACAGUCGAUAAAUUGAUCAGGUCCCGACAUUUGCUUGGCCACGAAUUUGGCCAACAUUACAGCACGUGAAGCCACGAAGCUCAUGUUUGCCAAUCCCGGCUUCGCCUGGGAUGCUCUAUGUGAACGAUGUGCAAUGGUUAUCGAAGAAUAUAAUAAACGAGACUCGAAUAUCUUAUAA